AUGAGCACUGUGCAUCCAAGUCCCCCUACGGCGGCAGAAGUCGCGAGUCUUGCGGAAGCGCUCUCCGUCCUCGAGCGCCUCCACAAAGGCGCAUUCAAGCCCCCACCCACUGUCCUCGCGUGUGUGUUGGAAGGGGGCGAGACAUGCCGCGAAACGACAUUUGCAUACGGGAGAGAACAGUUGAAGGCUCUUGGGUAUGAGAAAGCCUUUCAAUUGAUAAAGAAAGACUUUCUAUACGACACAAUCAGGGAGGACGUCCCGUGCUUCCUCGAAGCGACCCUGUUAGACAAAAACACCGGCAUGGAAGUCACCAAGUUCACAUACACCGGCACUCCAGUACCCGAGUAUGUUCAAAUUAAUCCGGAAGGCUGGGAGGAUGUGCUGGACGAUGUGGCACGGCUCAGGCUAUGGGUUGGCAAUCCGCCGCAGUCCAUGCGGGGCCACGAACAACCGGUGGUCCUCGCCGUGCUCAUUGCAGUCGGGAUCACAUUUUACAUAGUCCUAGCGUGGCUGCUUCUGGCUUUCCUUAAGCGGCUGCCGCUGGGUAGCAUGGUUACGAGUCCUGAGGACCCCGAACAUCAAUACUGA